GUGACAAAAACGAGAGAAUUUUCAGGUUAGAUGAACGAAACAUCUGCCUCAUUGAAAGUACAUCAAUUGUUUCAACGAAAAUUUCAAUGACAAGCUCAUUGAUUGACCUUCCCCUGGUGACUAAUGAUCCUCGAACAUGAAUCUGGAUAAUGAGUAUCAGCUGAAUAUUUGGAAAGGGGACUGGGGUCUACCCUCUGUGGAUAUUCCCUGCCUGCAAGUUCUGGCCUACGCUAAAUUCACUGGAGUACCUUUGAGUGUCAAUCCAACAAGCAAUCCCUUCAGAACACCCAGAGGCCACUUGCCGGUCCUGAAAUGUGGGGCAAGUUCAUUCGAUUCCAUUCAAGACAUCAUUCAAUUAUUCCGAAAACGGAAUUACAAUGCCGAUUUCCAUUUAUCACCUAAACAGUGCUCUGAGGUUCUUAGUUAUGAGUACAUGCUCAAGGAGAGUCUGUAUCCAGCUUUUCAAUUUAUUUGGUGGGUCGAUCAGCGAAAUUUCAGCGAUUUUAUUCGGCCGUGGUAUGCAAAAGCGAUACCAUUCCCCUUGAACUUCUACUACCCCUCGAAAUACGAGAAACACGCACGUGCCAUGAUAGAAAUCCUUUUCCCAACGGAGGAGGUGAUGACUGUCAUCGAGAAUAAAAUCUACUCCGAGGCCCAGAAAUGCAUAAAUCUGUUAUCCACGAGACUGGGUGAUGCCGAUUAUUUUUUUGGUUCACAACCAACAUAUCUGGAUGCAGUAGUCUUCUCGUACUUGGCACCAUUGCUGAAAAUACCACUGCCAAAUCCAUCCCUUCAGAACCACCUCAAGGCAUGCACAAAUCUCGUUAAAUUCGUCUCACGCAUAUCCCAGAGGUACUUCGAGGCUGAUUAUCAGAAGUACGAGAAGAUCAAGUCCAAGGAGAACGAAACGAAAUUGAGCAAAGACUCGGACUCUGAAUUUCCCCACAAAACGAGAAAUCAGAUAUUAGCUGGAAUUUUUGCAACAGUCGCCAUGGUUUCUUACGCCAUUUACACGGGUAUUGUUAAAUGAUUGAUGAGUUGUAUAUUUUAUAUUUCAUAUAGAUUAUAAAAAACUUCAAGUGAAAGGAAGAGAUAGGAGGGAUGAAAAGCGAUGAUGUAUAAUAAAAGUUAUAAUUUAAACAAUAGGUACUCUUUCUCGAUACCCAUGUACAAAUACCCGAGAGGAGAAUUACGAGACUCUCUACGACGAGAAGGAUACGUAAAUGUUGAAUAAUUUUCGAUGAUCUUUCCCAUAUUCUGGAUUAAAAAUACUCCAAACCGU